AUGUCGAUGCCAGGUGCCUUCUCCCCGGAGCUGCCACCCUCCAAGCCGACUGUCGGAGACGACAAGUCGUCCUCUGCCAACCCCCCGGCUCUUCGCCUCGAUCAGCCCUCCGAUGCCUACUCACUCCAUACAAACGACCCCUUCUUCGACGAUGCUGCCGCCACCUCCUCCGCGGCAGCUCUCGACCUCCCGCCAUCCUACUCCGACGACCCUAACGCCCAGGCCGUCAACCCUUCUUCCUCCCUCCUCGCAGACGAAUCCGGUUCUUCUCCGAACCUCUUUUACAGGGAAGCCGAGAUAGGUUAUGAGAUCCACAUGUCGCGGAGGCUAGACACCGACCCGGCCUAUCUCGAAUCCCAUAUCCUCUCCCUCGCUGAACUGCCUCCCCGGCCCUACGUCCGCGUCCGCGGCACACACUCCGAAAGGGUGCGCAAGCGCGACGACAAGACGGAGAAUAAGACCGUCGUUGACUUUGACAUCCGUCUCGACCUCACCCCCUUCUUGUACCGGGAUAUCAAGGCCCGCCAAUCCUGGCGCGAGCUGCGUACCGCAGACAACUUCCAAAAGGUCCGUCGCGGUACCGUUUUCCCCACCCGUGCCCCGGGUUUCGGCGGGUCAUCGGCCGGCGGCGUGAUCGAGGGCAGCAAGCCGCCGACGCUGCGUGAAUGGUGCCACCGUUACUGCGCCUCGCACGCCGGCCUCAAGACAUUUACACUCUCGAGGACGGUGACGGGCUUCGACGAGGACGAGAAGCUGAAGGGCCGACUGGAGGAUCUUGUUCGCUCGACCCACUACCGCGGCCGCAUCGACGUGAGCUUCCCAGUCCACGACGCAACAGUCGCAGUCUAUAACACCUGCCGUGUGAACCGAUGGCGUUUCACGUCUUGGGUGCGUUGGCUGUUCUACUUGACUUUCCUCUGGCUGUUCGCCUGGCCGUACCUUUUCUUCCGCACCAAGCGCUUCGAGGUCGUCGAAGCCGAGUGGCCAUUCUCUCGCAGGAAGCGGGACCCCCAGACGGGACGCGUCGUCGGCAGGGAGUACGUGACUGUGUCCGAGGAUCAGUGGUACAACAUGUGGGCGAGGGCCAUCCACCGCGCCGUGCUGGAGAGGCGACAGGGCGAGAUGGACCAGCGGGACCUGAGAGACGCCGAGGGCAGACAGGACACGAGCUUCGAGGAUGUUCUCGCGGGCAUCGACGGGGAGACGACGAGGGGACUCGUGAGGGCCGGCGUCAGCGCCAUGAAUGUCGUCAACCGCCACUAUGGCUGGGGCGGCGACUGCUAA